UCCUACUGCCACUUGUUGUUUUUAUUUUUUAUUUUGUAAACAAAUAAUGUCUUGUCCAGGAAAACUAUUAAUUACCUAUGAAAACUUUACCGGAGAACUGGCUACAAUCGAAAAUGGCAAACCAUCUGCAGUGUGCUCCGUCUCCUGUGACUGCAAGUGCAAAUGCUGCCGAGGAAUCUACGAGAAAUACGUGGCAUUCGACAGGGAAACGAAAUUGUCGGGCUUUGAAAGAUUUCCGACCGAGUUCUCCAUGGGAGGAGGCGAUGCCCAGAAGAUGAUGCGUUUUCGAACAGCAGAGAUGUUGCUCUUGCUGCAGGCAGCCCAGUCCCGGGAUAACUUCUGGACCAAUAUGUUCUUUAAAGCCGAUCUCCAGGAGGAUUACCAAUCCAUUAUACAGGCUUUCCAGGCCAAGCAAGUGUACAUUAGCCAGGAGAAGCUGGUGGAGAUAAUGGACACGGUGACCACCGGCUACAGAAGUGCUAUAAGUCAACUUUCGACUAAUGAAGCUCAUGGAGCUCUUCGUCCCACCAUAGCAGCGCCGUUUGUGGCGGGAGUACGUUGUGGCUGUCAGGAUUGCACCGUCCUUCCUUGGCGGAAACUGAGGCAACUGGAGCAGCACCAAAAGGAGCACAGAUUGGGGGACAAUUUCCAUUGCCGGAUUUGCUUUCGGCGAUUCUAUUUGCAGCACUCGUUGACUUCCCAUCUGACCAGAAAGAUGAACUCCAAUUUGGACGAACUGAUGGAGAACUCAAGCUAUAGAUCGUUUCUGGAAGAUCGUAGGCUAAGGGAGAAGGAUGACCAGCCUCGUAUACAAGUAGAAGAAUUGGUACUCCAAGUACCUAAUGACUGUAACCUAGACUUUGUGGAGGAACCUACGAAAAAGGUUAUAUUCCGAAAGACUUGCAAGUUUAUGAAAUGCCCGUUCUGCCAGGAGAAGUAUCGGUUCUCCUUUAGCCACCAGCUGCACAUGAUUAGGCACAGGCUACGAGAGAAACCAUCAGAGGAAGGCGACUCCCACUUUUCCUGCUUCACCUGCAAUCGGUCCUUUCUUACGCGUUAUUACUUUAAGAAGCAUCUGGCCCGAGUUCGGAGUGCUUGUCGACUAAGACAUCGUCCCUUCAAGUGUCGCAGCUGCCCCUGGAGAUUCCAAUUGUGGCCCGCACUCAAAUCCCACGUCGUCCGCAUGCACCAGCGGCGAAAGCCCUGCCUGAUUUGCCAGCUUCCCACAUUGGGUCGCUGCUGCUGUGCCCACACUGCCAAGGAGUGCAGGGAAGCCAUCAAGAAGCACCGGGAGCAACGCCGCCUGGAACGAGGACCGCCAAAAGGGGAUAGAAAGCGACCGAAACCGAUUUGCGAAAGCUGUGGCCAGGAGUUUGAGAACAAUUUCCACCUGAGGGAGCACGUUAACAAAAAGCAUCUCAAGAAGAGAAAUUUCUUUUGUGAAAUCUGCGGUGCCGCCUUUUACACCCAGGGUCUGAUGCAAACACAUCGCCAAGCAGUUCAUCUGCUGACGCAGACGGUCCACUGUGAUGUCUGUGACUUGACCAUUAAGGCAAGGGGGAACUACCAGCGGCACUUGAAGUCUCAGAAGCACCUGGACGAACUGGCCAAGUUGGAACAGCAGCCACGGAAUGAAACUGAAUCUUCAAAAGCGCAGCAGGAUCUGGGAAAUACUUCUUUGGACAAGCCAGAUAAAAGAACUACGAGUAGGUUUCAAAAACCUGGCAGGAUAGAUUUCUGCUUGCCCUGUGGCCAGACAAUUGUAGGACAGAUCCUGAGACACAACAGAUCGAAUAAACACAAACUUAACUUGGUUAAGUAUAAUGAAAAAGUACGAUCAAAGAGCAAUAUGUGAACAUACAAUGUGCAAUGCAAUACUUAAAUAUAAAUAAAGAUAAUCUCAUAUUUUAUUAUUAAACUAAUUUAACUUAAUUAAUCAGUCUGAAGGAAACAUUUAUAUUUUGAAAUGUUAAAAGAACCCGCCAAACCUUCAAAAUACUAAAUGCAUUGCAGUAUUUUAUUACUUGUGAUAUAUUAUUGAAAAAAACAUCUGGUAACACUAUUCGCCGCUUGUUCACAACAAUGCCAUCACGAAAACGAGAUGCGACCACGAGAUCCGAUUCGUUGCCGUGAAUGUGGUUACCGCAUCAUGUACAAGAAGCGCACCAAGCGUCUCGUUGUCUUUGAUGCCCGAUGAAGUCCUUUUAUGAUAUCCUUCUGAACUACACUUUUAAGGCAUUAGUUUGUAGUCAAUUUCUUCAAUAAAAAUAUAAUGUUUUAAAAUGUAAA